AUGAACGCCACGCUGUUGAACGGUACACUGUUUGCGCACGGUGCGCUCCUGAACAGCAGCCAGCAGGUGAGCGCUACAGACGCCGGCGGUGCGGGCGGAGGUUCUCUGGUCCUCGAGCAGGAUGAGCGCAAACUUUUCGUUACCCGUGCGGUGCAGAUCGCCGUGCUGUGCGUGCUCUCUCUAACCGUCGUCUUCGGGAUCUUCUUCCUGGGCUGCAAUCUUAUGAUCAAGUCCGAGAGUAUGAUCAACUUUCUGGUGAAGGAGAGGCGACCCUCGAAAGAAGUGGAGGCCGUGAUGAUCGGACUUGGUUAGCUGCUCCGACGCGCAAGAGCUCGGGAACUGAAUUGCGCAUCAGGUGCGCCCGACUGCGGCGCGCCGGGUCUGGUCUUGUGCAGUCAGUCAGUGGAUAUGCAACCCGUCCGUCUGUCCUUUUUAUCAGAGACUCCAGACUCUCAAGUGUAUUUUUU